AUGGUUCGCGGCGUUGGUGUCAGGCGCGGUGUCGCUCCUACUCGUCAAUCUCCACGUCAUCCACCAGGUUUGCAUCGUCCUCCUCCUGCGAGGGUUACUCGUCGUGGCCGACCUCGUAAGGCUCCAGUUGCUCCACUUGCUAUUGCUCCUCCUCCUCCUGUCGUUCCUAAAGACGAACCUGACCCAGUUGUUUCUGUUCAAUUUAAUUCUGUUGCGUUUAAUGCUUCUCCAUUUAUUGGUCCAUCCUCUACGUCCUCUGUCAAAUAUCCUAAGUGUUCUUUUCUAGAAACUAUUAAGAUGCAAUAUGCUUCCACCACUCCAGACACGUAUAAGAUUCUUGGAAUGACUUACCAUGCUAAGGAUGAUACCUUAUCCCCAUCUAUUGAAAAUAUUUUAAAGUUUUCUACUAAAGCCUCUUUACGUAAACGUCAUGCUGCUGGUGUACCGUCUGCACCGUUUGAUGUUCUUGGUCAUGCUGCUCCGGCUGUUACAGAGGCCAAAAUUGCGUUUCAACGCUUUAAUGACAAACAUCCCAAUGCUAGUUGGGACGAGAAAUUAAAUCCAAAAGAGAGUCAACAAUUUAAGCAGCUGGCUAUUGAGUUGGAUAAAAUUAAGCAAAUUGUACAGCCUCGCCUUGUUCGUUUGCCAAAUGAAACUAGUGCUGAAAUUCACGCUUUCAGUGAUGCCAGUAGCCUGGCUAUGGGUGUGACCGUCUAUUAUGUAUCUCGGUCUGCACAGGGUGUGCGCAUUAGUUUGUUGUGGGGCAAGUCUCGCCUCAUUCCCAGUAAGCAACGUCAGUCCAUCCGUGAAAAACCGGAGGCCAUUAAAAUAAAUCGUCUUGAGCUUACUGCGGCUUGCAUCGUUGUGCAAUUGGUUGAAGAGAUCAAACGUGUGGUUGAUCUCAAAGCUGCUGAGAUUCACGCUUUUAGUGAUGCCAGUAGCUUGGCUAUGGGUGUGACCGUCUAUUAUCUAUCUCGGUCUGCACAGGGUGUGCGCAUUAGUUUGUUGUGGGGCAAGUCUCGCCUCAUUCCCAGUAAGCAACGUCAGUCAAUCCGUGAAAAACCGGAGGCCAUCAAAAUAAAUCGUCUUGAGCUUACUGCGGCAUGCAUAGUUGUGCAAUUGGUUGAAGAGAUCAAACGUGUGGUUGAUCUCAAAGCGUCUGGAAGUCCUGCAACAGGAAACAUCGGAGCGAACCCGACUAGGAUGAUCAAUUUGGGCCCAUUGCCAGAAGGCUGGGAACAGGCUCGAACCCCGGAAGGAGAGACCUAUUUUAUAAACCACCGCGAGAAAACCACGUCAUGGUUCGACCCCCGGAUCCCCCAGCAUUUGCAACGGCCAGCAGUGCUGAACCAUUUGCACGGCGCCAGCCCGAGUUGCAACGGCAGUCCUGCCAACGGCGCCGCUAAUAACCCAGCCGCCCAAAACAGCGCCGGUCUCCAGCAGCAGCAGCAGCAACAGCAGCAACAACAACAACAGCAGCAGCAGCAGUGUGGGUCGCCGUUGGCGGCGUCCCCGGCCGCCGCCGCCGCCGUCGUCGUCACUGGCCAAAUGGACGGGUUGCCCGUGUCCCAACAGAGCCUCCAGGCCCAGGUUCAGCAGAAACUGAGGCUACAGCAACUGCAGCGAGAACGGGAUUUCAUGCGUCAGCGCACUGAAGAAAUCCGUCGCCAGAUGGAGCAGCAGCAAUCAAGAUUGCGUGUCGAUGGAUCUGUGUCAUCCUCUCAGGAGCUUGCGGCGCGGCGGAUGGACGCCACGCCGGACCAGCCGAGCUCGUCGUCGCCGCCGGGCGUCGUGAGCUCGUCCGCCGUCCUGGGCACGGACGCCUUCCUGGGCAACACCGGCGCCGUGGGGAUCGGGAUCGUGGCCGCCACCGGCACCACCAACGUCCAUUCGCGGGAAGAAAGCGCCGACUCCGGCCUCGGCCUCAGCACCAACAACUCCUACUCGCUGCCACACACACCCGAGGACUUCCUGGAAUUUAUGUUCAGUUCGGUCGAAAAGCGACUGGAACCUGACCCAGUUUUCUUCCGUCCUAUUCUCCGUGUUUCUUUCGUCUGGUGUCGAUGA